AUGAUGUCCUACAUUAAGCAGCCUCAUUACGCCGUGAACGGGUUAACUCUGUCUGGCCCGGGCAUGGAUCUACUACACUCUGCCGUCGGAUACCCAAGGCCAUGGUGUGUGUGUAUUUUAGACAUCCCCAGAAAGCAGCGUCGGGAAAGGACCACGUUUACGCGCGCGCAGUUGGACAUCCUGGAGGCACUGUUUUCCAAGACGCGCUACCCCGACAUCUUCAUGAGAGAAGAAGUGGCCCUUAAGAUCAACCUACCAGAGUCUCGUGUACAGGUAUGGUUCAAGAACCGCCGUGCUAAAUGCCGCCAGCAGGCGCAGCAGAGCACGGGCCAGUCUAAACCUCGUCCACCCAAGAAGAAGGCCUCUCCAGCCCGGGAGGCCAACUCUGAGGCCAGUGUCAACACCAACGGGUCCUACAGUCCAGCACCGCUUCCCCUUGGCACCGCCAUCACCCCCAGCUCCAGCAGUGCCAACGCGACCGUGUCCAUUUGGAGCCCUGCCUCCAUCUCCCCGCUGCCAGAUCCACUGUCAGCCUCCACCACGCCCUGCAUGCAGCGCUCCUCUGCCUACCCCAUGACCUACACCCAGGCCCCGGCCUACACCCAGAGCUACGCAGGCUCAUCCUCCUACUUCACUGGCCUGGACUGCAGCUCCUACCUGUCUCCCAUGCACUCACAGCUCUCCGCCACAGGGGGCGCCCUCAGCCCCAUCACCUCUAUGGGCGGGCACCUAAGCCAGUCCCCCUCUCUGUCCUCACAGGGCUACACAGCCGCCUCGCUGGGCUUCGGGGCCGUCGACUGCCUGGACUACAAGGACCAAGCUGCCUCCUGGAAACUCAACUUCAACGCAGCUGACUGCCUGGACUACAAAGACCAGAACUCCUGGAAGUUUCAGGUCUUGUAG